AUGCAUGUGGCGGCGUUGUUAUGCGUGGUGAUUGCUCUCUGGCUUCGUGAAAAUUUGGGGACCCUGUUCCGGGGACUUUGCGCUGGUGCUGCUGCGCAUUAUGGUGUCGAAGGCCAAGGUCCGAAGGCACUUGGCCGUGGUGGACCGUCAGGUGGGACGGCAGCUGGCAAGGAUCCCGAUUGCGCAAACGAGGGCACGAUGGGAUCUGUGUGGAGCGGAGGACGAUUGUGGAGCGUGGCGAUUCAUCGCCGCGGCGAGCUGCGCAGCUCAGCGCCCGCACAGGCACUCCGUGGAGCGUCCGCUUCGGGGCAUGUACAUGUACCGCCGCUGAAUGAGAAGGCGAGCUGGGUGACGUCAGGCGGUGGUGGUGGCCUCUUUCCCUCCGCGCGCAUGGGCCCUGCUGCGCGACCGGCGGCUACUUGGCGGACACUCCACGCUCUCUUGCAUGGGACCCACUCGCCCCGCUUCCGGUCCACCAACCACCGCACCGCCAGAUCCAUCUCUCGCCCCCGCACUCGCAUACUAAUAACGCCUUCUCACCCCGCCUGCCGCUCCCAUCCCGUUGUGGAACUGAACCGGAACCCCAUCCCGCACUCGCACUCUGCACCAAUGAAAGCCACCUUUGACCGACCCGACGAGAGCAGGACGCCGCAGCCUCCGUCGCCGCCUCGCGCGGGUGCAUCUGAUGGGCGCCCCCGUCCCGCGUCGAGUGCGGCCGCGUCUUCGAAUCUUACAGCACCGGAUGCCCCGUGCCUGCCGACGCUCCCGACACCGAUCCUCUCCGUCGCUGUUGCUGCCACCUUCCAGAACGCUCUAGAAGCCGUCCGCGACCCCCCAGGGCUCAUUUAUAUGUCGGGCAAUGCCAGCAGGACGCGCCCGCCCAAUAUGUCCGAUUCACGAUCCCCGACCUCGUCUGAACAGGGGCGCCCGGCCUCCCGCGGCCGCUCCCAUUCCCAGCCCACAAACCCCGCCCGCCGGCCGCCACUCCGGCCCCCCUUCCAGGGCCCCCAUGCCCAGCCCCUCUAUCCUCUCGACACCGCCCCCGCAUCAGCCGCGCCCUCGCCCUCCUUCCAGCCCAUUCCAUCCCCGUAUCCGCCCUCUUACGCUCAGCACGGCUAUGUAGCGCAGUACGCCAUGUCCCCGCAGCCCCCCGUCAACAUGCCCCAGUACGCCUACGCGCACCACCCCGGUCUGCAUGCUCCAGACACGCCCAUGCAUCCCCCACAAAAUCAGCUGCUAGGCUAUUCCCCGAACACGCUCAUGCCUCUCAUGCAGCCGCACACGCCGGUGUACCAGGGCUUCCCCGGACAUUCGCCCGAAGGUUCUUCUUCUUCUAGUCACUCAUUUACACCUGCCCCCGGCGCUUCCGCCAUCUUCUCCCCACACUCUCACCCCUCGCUCACAAACCCCCACUCCCCCGCGCUUCCGUCUCCACCGCCCCAUACGCCCCUGGUGCAGCAAGGCUCGGGCCCGCACCACCGGCCGCCGCUCUCUCACUCUGCCUCGUACGCUGGCCAGUCGCCGUACGCGCCCCUCCGCUACCCCACACCGCCCUUCCCUUAUCCCUCACACUCCUUUCCGCACUCCCCAUCACUCUACACGUCCACAUACGCCUCGCCGUAUGCGCCGCACUCGUACGCGCCCGAACCGCCGCCGGAGGGCCAGGGCACCUGGUGGUACGUCCCCCCGCGCUCCAGCCAGUAUGACACCUACCACCAGGGCGCCCCGUACUCCAUGGGGUACACCAUGUCCCCGCGCGAAGUCGAGCCGUACCCGCAGCCCGGGCCGUCCUCCAUGUCCUCCCCUGUCUUUGCCAUGUCGCCCCGCCAGCCUCCCGCCCAGUACCCGCCCGCGCAGAUGCCGACACAUGUCGUGCCCGAACCACCGCCUCUACCUCCGCCGGCGUCGCAGUUACCACCGCCGCAAUUUUCGCGAGCGCCAUCUCCCGGCUCGUCCGCGCGCACGCACCAGCAGCAGAAGCAGCCUGAGGCGGGCGUCACAACACCCUCAGGCACUCGCCCUGCUGCCGAGCGUUCCCGCCGCCCGCACCACCCGCAACCUCCUGCGCAACGCUCAGAAUGGGUGAUGUGGGUCGGGAAUGUCCCCUCCGACACCACGCACGACGAGCUCUGGCGCUUCCUCAAUCAGGAGCCAUCAGCCGGCACCGCGGCCGGCCCGUCCUCGGCGGCGGCCGGCGUAGACGCCGUGUGGGGCGGCGUGCUGUCCAUCUUCCUCAUUUCGCGCUCGAACUGCGCGUUCGUCAACUUCCAGAGCGAGACGCACCUCCUUGCCGCGAUCCGCCACUUCAACGGGCAGCCGCUGCGCCCAGGCGACCCGCGGUGCCCGCGUCUAGUGUGCCGCGUCCGCGCACGCGAGGACGAUGUCAAGGCGGGCGUCGGCGGGCAGCGCGGGGCGGGUCUGCACGUACGGUGGAUCCGCGACCAGAAGGAGAAGGCGCGCGAGGCCGCACGCGCGGGCCAGGAGCCGCGCUCGCCGACGUCGUCGGACGCACUCACGACGCCGAGCAGCUCGCCGAGCGACGCGGCGCCGCUGCUCGCGAGUCUGAGCCUGGGCAGCGACGACGAGAGUGGGCGCAGGCACCGGGGCCGCCCUGCCCCCCACUCGAGCAGCUCGGGCUCGUACGCGAGCACGAGCUCGAGUAUCUUGAUGCAGUAUUUCCCGAAGCGCUUUUUCAUCCUCAAGUCGUUGACGCAGAAAGACCUGGACAUCAGCGUCGAAAAGGGCCUGUGGGCGACGCAGCGGCACAACGAGGGCACGCUCGACCAGGCGUUCCGCACGAGCCAGGAUGUGUAUCUGAUCUUCGGCGUGAACAAGAGCGGCGAGUUUUAUGGGUACGCAAGGAUGGCCGGCCCUGUCACGUAUGGUGAGCAUCGCGUCUCGUGGACGUCGCCCGCCGAGUCGCCGCCGCAGCGCCGGAUGUCACGGGCGGGCAGCUCGCAGGGCUCGAGCCCGCCCGUUGCGCGGCGGGAUGCGCACGCGCGCACAUUCUUCUCGCCGGCGGAGCAACGGUACGAGGAGUCGCCCCAACCGCUGUCGUCCGACGCGCCGCUGCCACCGUCGUCGUCCGCGCAGCAGCUGCAGGUCCCACAGGCGCCGUACGACGAAGGCGCGACGCCGAGGUCCACCCAGGAAGGCCACAGCCGGAACUACCUGUCUGCGCCGCCCGAGAUGCACCGGCUGCACCGCGGCCUCAGUGCGCUGACCGGCGUGCCGCGCCAGGCGCAGACCCUUCUCGAGGUGCCUGCUGCUCAACUGUAUGCUCCCACACCUCAAUUGCCCGAUGAUUUCGAGCUCGACCCGACCGCGCCGCAACGACAUAUUCGCGAGCGGUCGGCGUCGGAGCUGAUGUCGGCCCGGGGAGACGUCAGCGAGGCAGGCCGGAAGUUCGACUGGGACCCGGUAGCGGAGUCGCCGUUGGAGCCCGUUACCGAGGAGGAGGAGAGGGCGAGCGGGAGGAUAUCUCGGUCGCGCACCGACGGUGCGCCGGCGGGAGAGGAGGCGGAGGCCAAUGAGGGCCCCGGGUGGGGCGAGCCGUUCAGGGUGCAGUGGAUCCGGACGGAGCGCCUGCCGUUCUAUCGCACACGACGCCUGCGCAAUCCCUGGAACCACGAUCGCGAGAUUAAGGUGUCUCGCGACGGGACAGAACUGGAACCGUCGGUGGGCCAGGCGCUGCUGGACGAAUGGGACCGGCCUGCACCGCCGACGGAGGGAGGUGCUGGGCCGUCGGACGAGCCCCCGCCCGGAGAGGGAGGAUAAAGCAAAGCCAGUCGACCCCCGCAUUGCUAGCAUUCACGUCGACAUCACAGCUACACGGACCACUGACGUACAUUCAUCUCCCAUCACGAUCACAUCCACUUGCUUUCAGCAAAAUCAAUCACGCAAGCACGCACGCACACACACGAACGCACGCACGCACGCACUGCAAGAGCAUGGUCUCGAGACUAAUAUUUAAACUUUAUCUUACAAGCGACCGCGCGCCCGUCAAAUACGACACGAGUGCGCGCGUCCACCACCAUCCAUAUUGAUUGAACCAGGGUUACUACUAUUGGGGGUUAUUGGGGUCAACGGGUGCAUUGCUUCCUUGCUGUUUCGUUGUCGUUCGCGCUCUUUAGCUAGCUCAGGCAUUGCUCCAUCGUCCACUGCUAAUGUUUUGGCCUCAAAGAAUUUACUAUGUAGCUAUAGAUAGAAACCCCGCAUGCACUGUAAUACCUCGCAGCAUCAUGGCAUUAUACACGACGCGC